AUGGAAUACAAAGGAAAAAACUACACUUGGGAUCAGACAUUAGAAGAUGUCACAGUUUAUGUUAAAGUUGAGAAAGGCAUACCAAGUAAAAUGGUUAAUUGCAAAAUUACAAAGGAUCAUUUAAUAGUUGGUGUUAAGAAUCAGACACCAAUCGUCGAUGGCCAACUUUCUGAGCCAGUUGUUCCAAGUGAGUCAUCAUGGAGUAUCCAAGAUUCCAAAGAUGGCCGCGAAAUCCAAGUCAAUCUUAUCAAGAAGACUGGCCAGAAAUGGUGGGCUAAUGUUAUCGAGGGCGAUGAACAGAUCGAUACUACAAAGUGCGUUCCAGAGAACAGCAAACUCGAAGACUUAGAUCCAGAAACACGCCAAACAGUAGAGAAAAUGAUGUAUGAUCAGCGCGCAAAGGCAAUGGGACAGCCAACAACAGACGAACUCAAGAAUAUGGAGAUGCUUAAGAAGCUCCAAGAACAACAUCCAGAGCUUAAGGAUCAAAUUGCUGCAGCUGCCGCAGGAAAGAACUAA